AUGCAGUUACCCACGAUCCAGCAACGUCCGAAAAAGGGUCCUCAUGCGUUGCGUCCUUAUGCUAAACGGUACCUCCCAAGCCCCGAUUAUCUCGAAAACCAUCAUCAACACAACAAUUAUCGAUUCACGGCUGUGUUCAAGGCCAUCAAGGCCGCAAACCCUGAUUUCCGUUUCGACACCAUUGACGUCAUUAUAUCCUCCAGCGCGUUGACAGGACUUCUCCUAAAUUCGGCGCCUGCCCUCGGCCACCUAACUCUGGAUCUGUUCGGAAACACGCUCAUCAUCAGUGGCAUCGAGGCACACAGUCAUCAUAAAUUCUGGAGCCAGAGUAAUGACAUGCAUGCAUUGCGCUACUUAGCGACGACACAACCAUCCAAAAACCCACAUCGUGCUGUAAAAUACAAUUUAGGCGGUCUUUCAAUCAUCGUUGUCAGCGAACCUAAUUUAACCUAUACCGAUACUGGUACCGGCAGAUCCAAGAAACAUCGAAAUGCAAAGAAGACUGCUGCACCUGUCACUGACUGCGCGGCUAUGUUCGCAUUGCAACUUGGGCCGGACUCGUGCUGUGAAAACAAUUUGCAAACCGGAAUGACUUCGUGGCUCUCAAGGGCCGAGUACACUGUCAAGGUAAAAGUCGUCAGGAAACCUAGUACAAAUGAGCUAUGGUUGCGCGGCCUCGACGUCGUCCCAACGACUCUUACCUUCUCAAAAUUGGAGGGAUAUUCAGAUGUUCAGAAUGCCCUUAACCAGGUGGCUGGUAUUCUACAUUGGUUACGGGAAACAGCUACGAAAUCGAAAUCGGAAUCGUCCACCAAGUUCAAGGUUGGCGGUUGGAGUGAUGUUGAAGGGGGGUCCACUCUAGCAUUGUAUGAUACCGAGCAGGACUCCCGGGUCCUGCACCGAAUGUAUGGAGAAUUCUGGGACAAUCCGACAACAGGGUACGAUGCGGCAGAGCAUGACACAGGGGAUGAAGAUAUUGCGGAGUGUUUGACAAAGAAGCACCUGCAAGCCCUUGCCGAGGUGAACGGGCUGCAGCGUUUUUUGAAGGAGCGAUGA